AUGGCACCCAAGUCCAUCAUCAGCCUCCUUUCUCUCCUCCCUGUCACGGCUGUCCUAGCCUUGAACCCCAGCUGUGCCCCCGGAGGCAACUUCGACCUCAGCGUCUGGAGCCUUCAGCUCCCAACUGGCAGUGACGGCAGUGUCGACACCAUCAAGAGCAAAGAUCUUCAGAGUUGCAGUGGCUAUACCGGCUCCACGUUCUUCACGGACAAGUCCAAUGGCGAGCUCAUUCUGACGGCACCUGGUAAUCCAGACAUCACCGGCUGUGCCAAGACCUCUGGUAGCGACCACUGUCGGACGGAGCUGCGCGAGGUCGACCCCAAGAGUGGCAAGAACACGGAUUGGGCUCCUACUGGAACCAACACGCUUACCGUGAGCAUGAAGGUCGUCAAGGCGGAUGACGGCUCUCACGGCACUGCCAUUGGCCAAGUCUUUGCAGCCGCCGCCAGCAAGCCGCUUGCAGAGAUGUACUACAGCACCAAAGGUGACAUUGUCGUUGGUGUCAAGGAGAGUCCAGAUGACAACCAGAUUGUCACUAAGCUGGGUAACGUGCCUGUGGGAACAUAUUUCACUUAUGUCAUGUCGUAUUCCAAGAAUGUUCUGAGCAUCUCGAUCAACGGAAAGAAGACUACUCUCAGCACUUUUGACUGGGGCUCUCCCAACUGUUACUUCAAGACUGGCAACUACAACCAGGGCAAGACAGCCGUUACUUCUGAGGUGCACAUUCAGUCCAUUGCCGUCGUGCAUUCCUAA